CUAACAUCCCACAGGAUUUGAUGCUACUCGGUUAAAUGCUUUCGGAUCAACUCUUCUACUACGCACGUGGUUUUGUUUCGUUUAUAACACUUGUCGGCAGAAGUAAAGCAAGUCGCCAUCUUCCGUAUUGGGUCUUUGCUGCGUUCUCUGAGAAGUUAGUUGGCUAAAGUGUCCGAAUGGAAAUGUCAACAAUCCAGAGUUUAAGACAGUUUAUCCACGAGAGGUUACACACUGCUGCUGAAGACAUAUUUGGAUGUUUUGAAGCGACUGUCACAAAGUACGAAGAUGAGAUUUGUCGUCAUCGCAGACUGCUGGAUGUAACUUUGAAACCUGUAGUAAAGCUGCAGAGAAUAGAGCUCCCACAGCGACAAGUCUGUAUCAAGGAAGAGUUUCCUGCUGACCUGCUGGAGAGGAACCCCAGUCCAGACCAAGAGGAGCCAGAACCUCGACAGAUUAAGGAGCAGCAGGAGGAGCACUGCAUCGAGCUCCCAGUGCAACAUUUUCUUAAUGAAGAAGAGUUUCCUGCUGACCAGCAGCUCUGGAACCUUGAGAGGAACCCCAGUCUGGACCAAGAGGAGCCAGAACCUCCACAGAUUAAAGAGGAGGAGGAGCACUGCAUCGGUCUGGAAGUAGAGCAGCUUGUACUGAAGCAGGAGGAUCAAGAUAACCUUUUGUUGAAUCCUACUUUCAAGGAAAGUGACCACAUUGAACCAGAACCAAUUGACCACCAGCUCCUCUCCCACAGCUCAGCUCAGUGCCAAGAUCUCAACGGAGGCCAGCAUGGAAACUCAAAAUCAGUUACUAAUGCAGAGCAGGGAUCAGAAAAGGGACAUCAUGUCAUCACAAGAGCAAAAGGGAGCCCAAGUCCCAGUAACCUUGCAUGGAGCACUACCAUGUCAAAGAUUGUGCCGAAUAUCCGCAAGAGUAAAAAGGUUUUCGAGUGCGACACUUGUGGAAAAGUCUUUAACUGGAAGUCAAUGUUAAACAGACAUAUGAAGGUGCACACAGGUGAGAAAUCAUAUCUUUGCAAAACCUGUGGAAAGAGAUUUUGUUACAAGUCAACACUAGAAACACAUUUGAGGGUCCACACAGGGGAGAAACUGUAUUCUUGCAAAUUUUGUGAAAAAAGUUUCACAUUAAGCACAAAUUUGAAGAUCCACGAGAGAAUACACACGGGCGAGAAACCUUUUACUUGCAAAACUUGUGGGAGAAGUUUUAGCCAGAAAUCUACCCUGCAGGGACACGAGAGAACGCACACGGGUGAGAAGCCUUUUUCUUGCAAAACUUGUAGGAAAAGUUUUACAACUAAAAGGAACCUGCAGGUCCAUGAGAGAACACACACGGGCGAGAAGCCUUUUUCUUGCCAAACUUGUGGGAGAAGUUUUAGCCAGAGAUCUACCCUGCAGGAUCACGAGAGAACACACACGGGCGAGAAGCCUUUUUCUUGCAAAUCUUGUGGGAGAAGUUUUACAACUAAAAUGAACCUGCAGGUCCAUGAGAGAACACACACGGGCGAGAAGCCUUUUUGUUGCAAAACUUGUGGGAGAAGUUUUAGCCAGAGAUCUACCCUGCAGGGACACAAGAGAACGCACACGGGUGAGAGAUCUUUUUCUUGCAAAUCUUGUGGGAGAAGUUUUACAACUAAAAUGAACCUGCAGGUCCACGAGAGAACACACACGGGCGAGAAGCCUUUUUGUUGCAAAACUUGUGGGAGAAGUUUUAGCCAGAGAUCUACCCUGCAGGGACACGAGAGAACGCACACGGGUGAGAGAUCUUUUCCUUGUAAAACUUGUGACAAAACUUUCACAACUAGCACAAAUUUGAAGAUCCACGAGAGUACACACGGGCGAGAAGCCUUUUUCUUGCAAAACUUUUUGAAAAAGUGUUAGUGCGAGACAAACCCUGCAGGAUCAUGAGAACGCACACGGGCGAGCGACCCUUUUCUUGCAAAACUUGUGGGAAAAGUUUUACACGUGGAUGUAGCUUGAAAGUCCACAUGAGAAGCCAUAAAGGUGAGGAGUCGUAUCCAUGUACAACUUGUGGGGAAAGAUUUGGUAUCAAAUCACUUCUAACAAAAUAAUUGAUGACCCACACAUAACAAAACUGAUAUUUUUGUAAAAUGUUGUAAAGAUCUCUGACUUGUCAGUUUAUACAAAGUCCACAGGAGAACAGUUGAGAACAGGCCAUGGCAACAGGAGAGGGAUACGAUUUGCUCAUGCAUUGUCAAAGAAUUUGUUACUUACUUAUUGAUUCAUUAAUUAAAGAUAAAACAGUGAUCAACAACGAGACUGGAAAUGUUUCCAGGGGGCCAAACCUGAGAUGAACCUUGAUGUAGUUCAAUGCUUUAUGAAGUUCCAUCACCACUGAUGAGGAGCAGACUUCAAUAACCUCACAAAGCAUCGAACUACAGCCAGGUUCAUCACUUACAUCUACACAAGAGAGAUUGUGUACAAUUGCAUUAGCUGCAUCUCUGCAACUGAAUGUAGAAAAUAUCCCAUUGAGGAGACAUCACAAUAUCUUUGAUGCAGUACAUGGUCAACAACAUUUGCUGAAGUACUCACGUUUCUGUUCUUCAUGUGACUCAUCGAUAUUUUCAUCUGCAAAGUGAUGUUUUCAUCCAUGUCUCUUUGUUUAUUCAUGUGUCAGCCAUUUAUACCAGAUGGUGCAGGAAGGGGACGGGGGUGAGAGAAAUUGAUUGGGUAAAGUGGCAGAUCCAGGAUAGUUUAUUAUCAGUGAAUGUCUAGAGAUGUUGUCAAUGUGUCAGGAAAGACUGUGGAUCAAGAUGUAAAAAUCGGACAUAUUUGUGGAACAGAAAUUUAUAAGAACACAGUAUGUGGUGCAGAUUAUCAGAUGACUUCCCUUUUCUUUUUUUUCCUAUUACAAAUGAAGAAAUAUGUUGUUAAUGUGUACACUGUCCUAAAUGACUCACUGUAAAUGGUUAUUAUUUGAACUACGUGUAAUCAUUACUUCACGGCAUUUGUAGUUAUAAAAGUUUUUUGAAAUAUGAUGAUGUAUUUUAUGUUGUCACACUAUAUUUGUAUUUGUCUGUAAAUUAGCAAAAAACUCUUGGACAUAUAUAUGACACUGGGUGAAAAGAUGUGGUCAGGAGAUGAAAAACAUCUUGCAUAUUUAGAGGACUAUCAUUCAUGUUUGUGUAACUUGGUGCUGCUGGAUUGAAUUGAAACACAAUACAGGGAAAUACUGAAGAAUACUUUGUUUUUGAAGUGAUAUCAACAAUGAAGAAAGGAAGUUAAAUAUCCACUUCAAAUUAAUCAGACAGAGCUGAAUAUUAGAGAACUGCUGCAGAGGAGUUCAGAAGAGUACAUGACUGUUUUUAUUUCUCAUUCCUAAUAGCUUUUUUCAGAUAGGCCCUGGAGUCCAGAGGAGGGGCGGAGAAUCUCUCAGAUUGAGAGCCGCUAUUAAAACUCUGGCGCCAAACACCAGCUAGGGGGCGCAGUCCCUUGAAAUGGAAAGGACUCCUGUCUAAUCUGGAAGUAGUUUUUCCCACCCCUGGCGGAAGUAAACAAAUAGUCGCAGCUGUGUGCAGCUGUGUGCAUAUCCCAGCGUCUCGUCAGCUGUGGUUGAUCUCAUGUCCCGCGGAUUAAACAUGUCGUCGGUCCUGUGUUUCAGAAAGUUUGUGAGUGAGCGACUGAUCGCUGCCGCUGAGGAAAUAUUAGGAGUCUUUGAACAAACAGUUCAGGUUUACGAGGAGGAGAUCGAGCGUCAGCGGAGACUGCUGGAGACCAAACCACCCGAGAAAGACGUCUCUCAGUCUUCUUCCUGUAAUGAGGAGGUUCUCCUGGGACAACAGAGUCUCUGUGACUGUAACCAGAAGAGGAACUCCACCCUGAGCCAAGGGGAGUCAGAGUUUAGCGUGGAUGCGGAGGAACUCUGCUCCAGUCGGGACAGAGAGCAGCUUGUACUGAAGCAGGAGACUGACUUGUUAAGACUUGCACAUGAGGGAAGUGAUUACACUGAAGACCAGAUUGUGCUAAUGGAUCCUCACCAAAUUCAGAACGCAGCACAAAGACAGUUGCAGACCCACCUCACAGCCACACAAGUGAAAUCCGAAUCUUACACAGGGGGUUCGGGCGUAUCCGUUCUAAACAGUGACCAUCAGCUUACCAACAACUCACACAUAGCUAAUGACAGAGACCUUGAAGGAGGACACCAGGAGAAUGCGAGUUCUCAUCAGACACCAGAGAACAAACAUUUCAAAUGCAUGCUUUGCUCUGAAGAGUUUAAUGAUUUCUUAAAGUUCAAAUUUCACUCGAGGACCCACACGGGUGAUAAACGUUUUGAAUGUGGCACCUGUGGGAAAGGGUUCAAAUGUCAAUCAAACCACAUCAGUCAUAUGAGAACUCACUCAGGCGAGAGGCCGCACAACUGCGUCACUUGCGGGAAAACUUUCACCCGUAGAGCCGACCUGAGGAGGCACAACCGAACUCACACGGGGGAGAAGCCGUACAGCUGUAUCUUCUGCGGUAAUAAGUUUUCUCAUCACUCGUCUCUCACUAAUCACGUCCGGGUGCAUACAGGGGAAAAGCCUUAUAAAUGUAUUUGGUGUGGGAAGAGGUUUGCCAUCAACACCACGUUGAAAAUACACACCCGAGUCCAUACAGGGGAGAAGCCGUACACAUGCAACCUGUGUGGGAGGAAUUUUGCUCAUAACACGGGGCUAAGAUUACACAGAAGGACUCACGCUGGGGAAAAUCAACAGAGCUGAAAUACUUUGUGUGGAGUGGCUUCUAAAAGUCAAAACUUAAACUGGGAUUCAACUUGAACAGCUUAUUUAUCGCCUUUCGUCAUUUUCCUUUUCUACUAAAGCAUAACUUGCAGAUUAAUAGUACACUUGUGAGUAAUGGUGCAGAGUUUAUUGUAUUGUUUUACAUUACAUAUGCAUCUUUGCCUUGUUUCCCAGAUGUCAUGUCAUACCAUCACGUUCACAAACCUGUUUAGAAUCUCUACCGUGUAAGAGUGAAAAUUAUUUAACGUUUAAUGUGUUCAGCAUGAACUAUGGAAAUGUUAAGAUAUAAAAUUAAAGACAGUAUUUCACUUUC